AUGAUAGAAGUAAGCAUUAAAGAUUUGCAUAUUUGUCAAUUCGAAACGGUUGUAAAUAAGGGAAUAUUGAACACAAAAAAUUUUUAUGAAGUCUUAAAUAUUUCGAUCGAGACUGGGAAAAAAUGCCUCGGAAAAGCUAACGAAUUAAAUAAGACAAAAAAUAUUUGCAACUUCACAAAAUCUGAUAACCAUACAGGCGAGAUUCUUUAUAAUAAUGGAAGUGAAAUAGGUCUGUAUGAAGUUGAUGGAGAAGCUAAGAGUGCUGAGGUAAAUAAUUUGAUUCAACAAAGAUUUCUUAUAAUUUUAAUUUGGUUGCAGUUUAAGUAA